AUGAGUGUAAUAAUAAGAUUACAAAAUUUGCCGUGGUCGGCAAAUGCCGCUGACAUAAGACAGUAUUUCGAAGGGCUAUCAAUACCCGGAGGUGGAGUGUAUAUCGUCGGCGGGAAAAAAGGCGAUGCCUUCAUUUGUUUUAGUACUGAUGAGGAUGCUAGGCAGGCUAUGAUCAUGGACGGUGGUCGUAUCCAGGAUGUACGUAUCAAACUGAUGUUGAGUUCGCGCGACGAGAUGCGUAAAUUCGUCGGAACUGCGCGACAGCAGAUUAAGCAAAUCGCGCAGGUCCACGUGAAUCAAACGCAGCAGCCGCAACAGCAACAACGUACGAGGCCCCAUCCUUACAAGUGCAACGGCAAAGAGAACCCGACCACGAAAAGAGCACAGCCCGUUAGCGGCGGAAACGGACGGUUUCCCGCGGAGAACGCCACCACCACCGCUGGCGGUAGCCACUGCUGCCACGAAACAGUACUGGUGUCUUCCGCACAGCUGCCCGUCCGGUCGGAAGUCGCCCCGCCGUGCAUCCGUUCCGACUGCGUGCACGUGCAAGGACUGCCCCCGUGGGUGACCACCGCGGACGUCACGCAGUUCUUCGGCCACGCGUCCGUGAUGCCCGUCAAGGUGCACGUCGUGCUCACCAAGUUCGGCUGUCCCACCGGCGACUCGUACUGCGAGUUCGGCACCGUGCACCAGGCGCGCAUGGCUCUGGCCAAGGACCAGUGUUACAUGGGCCCGAACCUGGUGCACGUGUCGCCCGUCAGCCGGUCGGAUAUGAUCGUAGCCAUCGCCAGGCCGUUGCAACAGCGCAACCGCGUGAGCAGUCGCGGCGUUGGGCACUGGUGA